AUGACUCCAUGUGGAGAGCGUUCAGGAAUCUCUCCAGAAUGUAAACAACUUCCAUUACUCCAUCGGGGACCAGGAAGACCCCCUAAUGCUCUCAAACAACAUUUACAACAAUUAACUCCAACACAGCAACCAAAUUCACAACAAUCUGCUAUAACAUCUGUACUACGUGCACAUUUAAGCCCUAACUUCCCAGCACAUUUGAAUACUCAUAAUCAACAACUAAAUAAGCAUCAACAGACUAAUCAAAUAAUUUCGACUCAUGUACAACAAAAACAACAAUUUAUUCAACAAAAACAAUUACCUAUAGAUCCUCAAAAUGAAAUUCCGUCAUCGACACUACAACAUUCCCAACAAAGGCUGCAAACACCUCCACACUACCCACGUUCAAAUGCACCUCUUAUAAUGGUUAAUCCUUAUCAAUGA